CCCUUCUUUCGUGGAAUACAGCAAUAUACAUGAUGCAAUCACAAUACUGUCCUGUAUAACCCCAUUUUGAGGCGUUACUCGCUCACCAGUGGAUCUUCCAAAUAUUGAAUCCAUACACCUUAGAUUGAGCGUCCAGAACUUUGUUUGCGCAGAUAAUUACAACAUUCAACUCUGAACUGUGAUAUUUUAUUACCAACUUUCAUUUCUCAAGAAUGAAAAGAAAGAUAAAUCAAGCCUCUGCAUCAAGGAAGAAAGCAAAGUCAAGUAGUGAAGAAGAUCAAGCACUAAAAGCAGAUUUCUUAUCAGGGUUAAAAUGCUUUAUUCACCCUGCAAACUUCGGCGUAGGUAGACUCAGUAUAUUUCAGAAACUGGUGAAGAACAAUGGUGGUGAUAUAUUUGAUACAUUGCCAUGGGCCUGUGAAAGGGUUACUCAUGUUAUCUUUGAGGAAUCUUUGGAUGCUGACAAGAUCCAGAAGUUGAUUGAUCCAUCACAGUAUCAAAAUGCAUUUUUUGUAAAAUGUUCUUGGUUAAGUGCAUGCUCUAAAUCCAAAACUAAGAUUGAUACCAAAGAUUUUGAAAUUAAACUGUCAACAGAGUGUUCAAAGGAUAAGAAUGUACCCUCUUCAGUUGAACCACCAAAAUUAAACAGCCAGAGUACAAAUGGAGUACAAAAUGCAGCAUAUGAGAUUCCCAUAUCAAGGAAGGAAAGAAGCAAAGACCCUCGCAUUACAAGCACCAUUCGGUCCAUAGAACAGGGUGAAAAUUUAACCAGUAAUAACCAUGAAGUGUUUUCUAGUAACAGAGAAGGGCCAUUACCAGAGAGCUCCACAAGAUGUAAUAUCAAAGAUAUUAGUCUCUCUGUGAAAGAUCUUCAGAAAGAUACAGAUGAAAAGAACACAAGUAGAGAAGAUGAUGACACUUCAGCUGAAGAUAAUACUAGGGAAGGGAGCUUCAAAAAAAGAAAGUUCUUACCCAAAGAACUAAAGGAGAAAUUUGCAUGUGCAAGACCAUCAGGCAAGCAGGUUAAAGAUUUCAAUCACCACAUUACUGCAGAGCUUGAGAAGUUAGCUGCAGCCUACAAAAGCAAAAAAGACACAUGGAGAGCCCUUGGAUAUCAGAAAGCUAUUUCUGCCAUUCGCAACUACCCAAGACCUAUUACAUCCAGAGAGGAGGCCCUCAGUAUCCGUGGUGUGGGAGGACGCUUAGCAGACAAAGUUGCAGAGAUUGUAGAGAGUGGUAAACUAAGGAAAGUAGCUGAAGUGUGUGAGGAUGAAGAAGCUCAAACACUGCAGCGCUUCAUGGGUGUCUGGGGAGCUGGACCAACCACUGCACAUGGCUGGUACAUUCAAGGAUACAGAACACUGGAAGAUCUACGUGAGAAAGGGAAUUUGACUAGACACCAGCAAAUUGGUCUCAAGUACUAUGAUGAUAUAAAUAGCCGCAUCCCUCGUGAAGAAGUUGCAGAAAUUGAAAACUAUGUCCGGUCUGCUGCACAUGGUAUUAAAAAAGGGCUGAUUGUUAUGGUGUGUGGCUCAUACAGACGUGGCAGAGCAACUUGUGGAGAUGUUGAUGUGCUGGUGACUCACCCUGAUGGCCAGUCUCAUGAAACUGUAUUCCAGCCACUCUUGAAUAAGUUGAGGGAAACAGGUUUUUUAACUGAUGACCUUGUGACUCAAGAAGAUAAUGGCAACCAGAAGAAAUAUCUUGGUGUAUGCAAAUUACCAGGAGAAGGACAAAAGUACAGACGAUUGGAUGUGAUUGUGGUCCCAUACUGUGAGUUUGCUCCAGCUGCAAUGUAUUUUACUGGAUCUGCUCAUUUUAAUAGGUAAUUAAUGCUAAGCAUUUCUAUGAUAUAUUUUGG